AUGUCAUCAGACGACUAUCAAGUCCAAAAUAUAUAUAGGUAUUCGAGAAGAUCGUACAAAAAGAAUAGAAGAGAAUCAAACGACGAUGAUGAUAUGAGUCCAUGUGAGUCUAUCAACAUAGGUACGCCGGAAGUGUCGCCGAGAAGUGAUGUUGCUGCUGCCAACUCGCCAGGGUGCAGGUGUGAUUUAGACCCUGAAGUCGAGAUCGCCAAUAUACUCCAUAAAAAAUGUCCAGUAAUUACAUUAGCUCAACAGCAGUUACAAAGGCUUCUGGAGGAAACAGAUAAAAUACUGUGUGACAACACAAGAUGUUGCAGAUCAGUAUAUGAUUUUCUGUGCUUAUGUCAAACAUUCCUGAGCCAAGACAAGUGUCGCUGUAUCUUAAUAUUUUUUAUUUGUUCAUCAUUUCUCACGGGCCUUUUAUUUGGAGCUGCAUCAUGUGGAUCUUACCUCGGACGAUUUAACAGCCCCAUUCUCGCUUGUGUCGACAAUUUUUUUAUGACUAGUACAUAUUCUAGUAUAGAGGACUCGUAUCGAGCCAUAGUAUGA